AUUAAAGUUUGGAGCGUAGCUGAGAGUGUCAUCGGUUGUUUUUGUUUCGAUGGGCAGCUGGCAAUUGAACGACUGCCCUAGUUUUUAAUGUGGCAUGUUAUAGACGUUGCCGGAUAGCAUAAAGGCAUUUUAAAACGUGAUCCCACGUCUUUUCAAUGGGUGCCGUGGAAAGCACCGAAGGAGAAAGGGAGCCUUUGCUGGUUCCAUCUCAGCCGGCGACAAACACACAGCCUGUGUUGAGCAGGGUGUACGGGAGAAGAUGGUUAGUUCUCACCAUGUUUUCAUUGUUGGGUUUUAUGCAAGGACUUGUGUGGAACACCUGGGGCCCGAUCCAGAUCUCAGCCAAGCAUGUGUUUGAGUUCUCAUCGACAGAUAUCGCGGUGCUGGUGAUGUGGGGUCCAGUGGGUUACCUGCCAUGGCUGUUGUUUAUGUGGUUGAUGGAUAAGAAAGGUUUGCGAGCUUCUCUGCUGCUGUCAGCAUUCUUCAUGGUGCUGGGCGCAGCAUUACGAAGUGUUCCUCUCAAAGACCUAUACUACAGACGCUGGAUGAUUCAUGGAGGUCAACUUCUGAAUGGUUUAGCUGGUCCUACCAUUAUGAGUGCCGGUCCUCUGCUCUCUACUACUUGGUUUGCUCCUGAUCAGAGAGCUACAGCCACCGCUAUUGCAUCACUUAUCGGCUACCUGGGGUCAGCCUGUGCCUUUCUGAUUGGUCCGUUGGCUGUCCCUGCACCCAAUGGCACUGUGGGAAGCACCGUUUACUGGAACCAAAACCACAUAGGAGACAGGAUACAGUUUGUUCUUUACGCAGAGGUUGGGAUGAUUGCAGCACUUUUCGUGGCUGUGCUGUUCUACUUCCCCUCCAGGCCGCCCAUCCCUCCCAGCGUGGCAGCAGCUAGCCAACGUCUCAGCUACAGGAGCAGCAUCUGCAGACUGCUGAGCAACAUGCGUUUCCUGAUGAUAGCACUCGCCUACUCCGUGCCCACAGGGGUUGUUGCUGGCUGGGCCGGAGUGUUGGACAUGAUUUUAACACCUGCUAAAGUCAGCCAGGUGGACGCGGGCUGGAUCGGGUUCUGGUCCAUAGUUGGAGGCUGUGUGUUUGGUGUGGCCAUGGCGAGGUUUGCUGACUAUAUUCGAGGAAUGCUGAAGCUAAUUUUGGUGCUGAUGUUUGCCGGAGCAUCCUUGGCGGCCACCUGGUUCACUCUCACCUGCCUGACCAGGCUUACUCACCUGCCCUCCACUAAAGCCACUCUCUACACCUCCUGCAUCCUGGUGGGUAUCUUCAUCAACAGUAGUGUUCCCAUCUUCUUGGAGCUGUUCAUUGAGACGGUUUACCCUGUUCCUGAGGGUAUCACCUGCGGAGUGGUCACCUUCCUCAGCAACCUCUUCACUGGACUUUUGCUGUUUUGCCUCACCUUUUACAUUACAGAGCUGUCCUGGUUAAACUGGUGUCUGACAGGCUCCUGCAUCUUCAGUCUCCUGCUCCUCCUCUUCUUCAGAGAAUCGUACGACCGCCUCUAUUUGGACGUCUUUGUCUCUGUCUGAGCACACCACUUGAGCUUUUUUUCAACAGAAGACUGAAGGCUUGUCUUUUUAUGAGCACUAUAUUCCAGCAGAGUGCAGAGAAAAGGCACACAGCAUGUUGCUCACUUUUAUGGAUCUGUGUUUUUUUUUAAAUGUUGUAAUUGUGAAAUAUAUGACCAGCAGUGGUGGCAGUGCAUUGUGUUAGCAUCAUAACUAACAGCGGGAACUGAGACCCGACUAAGGAAGAAAAAAGUGUAGAUAUUGACCUUUCUACUUGACAUUUUGCCUCCUGGAUGCAUUUUUGUACAUUUUAUUUUACUUUUUUUUUUAAAUACGAUUUUUGAAAAUUAUGUGUUUACAUACUGGCGCAAUAUAAGGGACUUUUAUUGCAUAGAGAGUCACAAGCGGAUCUACUUACGGAUUUGGUAGUGCCCCACGGUGAUGACUCCUCUAGUGCUCUCACCACAUCUAAUGGGAGUGUAAUGGAUAAUUAUAGACAAGCUCAAUUAGACUCCUGGCGAGAGCUAUGGCCGUCUGUGGACCGGGGACCUCUUAGAGCUGUAGUGUCACUUGUCAAUAGCCUGUGGGAUCCAAGCUUUAAUUGACCUGUGAUAGGACUGUCAAUAAGUGGCAUACGCUGUG